AGAAACAUUUGACGCUUUGAGAACUUGCAUAAGCACAAGGAAGUGUAACUGCAGUUUUUUACUUCAUUUAUAUACACGUUUAUGGAUACAAGACUGAUUUGAGUUUUAUUGGGAGUAUUUUAGUCACACGAGAUUUUCUACCACAAAAUAUUAGGACGCAGCGCUGUAUCCGCAAUAUGUCUGCGCCCUGUAACAGUACACAUUGAGUGAAGGACAUGUGGAAGCGUGUGCAAGUGGUGUCACCGAGAAUCUGGUCCAGAGAUCUACAGAAGACAUGGAGCGCAUGGGGAUACAGGCUCUGUUCAUCAGCCCAUCCUCCAGCAUCAUUUAAUACACCAUCAACACAGCCCAGGACUCAAGCAGAGAAAGCCAAACGUAGACGAGAGAAAGAGAAGACUAUACUGAGUAGUGAUGUUAAUGACGUUGGACCGGACUGGUCGGAAAAAGAGAAAAUAAGAUAUACUGCUGCCCUCUUACCUGGAGAGAAGAAAGACACUUCCCUGCCCUUCCCACAGUCCUACAGCCCAGAAUAUGUGGAAUUUGGCUGGUAUCAGUGGUGGGAGAAACAGGGAUUCUUCAGCCCUGAGCAGCAUGGUAAACUGCCUCAUGCGACUGAUAAAUAUUUCUCCUUUUGCAUUCCUCCACCAAAUGUGACGGGUACUUUACAUCUCGGACAUGCUCUGACAGUGGCUAUAGAGGACGCCUUGGCUCGCUGGCGUCGAAUGCAGGGCUACAAAGUGCUGUGGGUUCCAGGCUGUGACCACGCUGGGAUUGCAACACAGUCAGUGGUUGAGAGGAAGCUGUUACGAGAGCAUGGAAAGCGCAGACAGGACUACAGCAGAGAUGAGUUCCUCGGAGAAGUCUGGAGAUGGAAAAACGAGAAGGGGGAUGAAAUUGAUCAUCAGCUGAGAAAACUGGGUGCGUCUCUGGACUGGACCAGAGCGUGUUUCACAAUGGACCCGGGUUUCAGCAGUGCUGUGACAGAGGCUUUCGUCAGACUGUGUGACUCUGGUCUCAUCUAUCGCUCUGAAGGUUUGGUCAACUGGAGCUGUGCAUUAGAGUCGGCCAUCUCAGACAUAGAGGUGGAUUCGAAAGAGCUUUCAGGCAAAACUCUUUUGUCUGUUCCUGGCUAUCAGCAGAAGGUGGAAUUUGGGACGAUUGUCACAUUUGCAUAUCUGUUAGAGGGACAGGAAGGAGAGGUUGCCGUGUCAACCACACGACCGGAGACAAUGCUGGGAGAUGUGGCCAUUGCUGUGCAUCCUAAUGACCCUCGAUAUCAAGAUCUUCAUGGCAAAUACUGCCGGCACCCGUUUACAGAUCGAUUGUUACCCAUUAUCGCUGACACUAUGGUGGAUAUGAAAUUGGGGACAGGUGCUGUUAAAGUGACACCAGCUCACGACCACACUGACUUCCUGCUAUCCCAGAGACACGCGCUGCCACGCCUCACUUUGAUUGGAGGAGAUGGAACUAUGACAUCACUAUGUGGCCAGUGGCUAGAGGGAGUCAAACGCUUUGAUGCCAGAGAGCGAGUGAUCAGUGCACUGAUGGAGAGGAAGUUAUUCAGAGACAAGCAGAGUCACCCCAUGUCAUUACCAAUCUGCAGCCGUUCUGGAGAUGUGAUUGAACCGCUGCUGAAGAGACAAUGGUUUGUACGCUGUCAAGUAAUGGCACAAAAAGCAGUUCAAGCAGUAGAAGAUGGGGAGCUACAGAUCAUUCCUCAGUUUUAUACAAAAAUGUGGAGGAACUGGCUGUCUAACAUCAGUGAUUGGUGCAUUUCUAGACAACUUUGGUGGGGUCAUCAGAUACCAGCCUAUCUAGUGACGCUACAAAACUCUGUUGACACAGAAGAGGAGCUGUGGGUUUGGGGCCGAACUGCUGCAGAGGCUCGGGAACGUGCUGCUGUGAAUUUUGGAGUGAAUCCGGAUCACAUCACGCUCACACAGGACCCAGAUGUGCUCGAUACCUGGUUCUCUUCGGGUCUUUUUCCAUUCGCCAUGCUCGGCUGGCCCCAGCAGAAAGAAGACCUGAAACAAUUCUACCCCAACUCCAUUCUGGAAACAGGAAGUGACCUCAUCUUUUUCUGGGUGGCCAGGAUGGUGAUGCUGGGCAAGGAGUUGACUGGCCAGCUGCCCUUUAAACAGGUGUUCUUUCACUCUUUGGUGAGAGAUAAAUAUGGGCGGAAGAUGAGUAAAUCUUUAGGAAAUGUCAUCGAUCCACUGGAUGUUAUUUCAGGUGUCUCUCUGGAGAGACUUCAAAAGAAAAUCAAAGAAGGAAAUUUAGAUCCGAGAGAGAGCGUUGUUGCCAUGGAAGCGCAGGAGAAAGAUUUCCCUAAAGGUAUUCCAGAGUGUGGGACUGACGCUUUGAGGUUUGCUCUUUGCUCUUACAAAGCCCAAGGAGACGACAUCAGCCUGUCCGUGUCCCACGUGUUGAGCUGUAGACACUUCUGUAAUAAGAUGUGGCAGGCGGUACGCUUCACCCUCGCCGCGUUGCAGGAUGCGAGUUCACCUGCAUCAUUAGCGGAGACACAUCCGGUCUCCAGCAUGGACAGGUGGAUAUGUUCAAGACUGUACUGCACAGUUCGGCAGUGUGAAGAGGCUUUUGAGAGCUACGAGCUUCACACCAUUACCUCUGCACUGCAUUCCUUCUGGGUGCACAGUCUCUGUGAUGUCUACCUAGAAAGCAUCAAGCCCGUGCUAAAACAAGAAGCCUCGGACAGCGAGGAGCAGAAGGAGAGAGAGAGACAGGUGGCCAUAUCUGUGUUGUAUCACAGUGUGUCUCUCUCUCUGUGUCUCCUCUCGCCCUUCAUGCCUUUCCUCACAGAGGAGCUGUGGCAGAGACUCUUGCCUUACAGCGCCGACUCCAUCAAGAACCCCACCAGCCUGUGCGUGCAGCCCUAUCCAAAGACCUCACAGCUGGAGCACUGGUAUUUUCCUGAGGAGGAAGCAGAUUUCUCUUUGGCACAGGAAGUGGUCAGAGUGGCGAGGUUACUGAGGGCCCAGUGCCAGAUGACAAAAGAAAAACCUGACUUGUGGGCAGUGUGUGCACCUGAUCAAGCUCAGACCCUUCUGCACUUCAGAUCUGCAAUCUGCACCCUGGGUCGAAUCUCAAAGCUGCGUCUGCACUGUCCAGAUGGAGGUUUCACGGACUCACCUCCACCCAAGGGCAGUGCUGUAGGGGUGGUGGAUCAUUCCAUUCGCUUGCAUCUCUGUGUUCAGACUGGUAUAAAUGCUGACAAACAGAAAGCACUCCUCUGUCAGCGCAGAGAAAAGCUGGCCAACAAACUCAAGCAAGCCAUCUCUCGCACACUCAUGCCCAACUACACAGAGAAAGUUCCUGAUCGUGUCAGGCAAGAGAUGGACAAUAAGAUUGCAGCCAUGGAGGAGGAUCUGAAGAACAUUGAGGACCAACUUUUGGCUUUGGAAGACAUGAAGAAACAAGACUGAUCAUGGGAAGCAAAAAACAAAAGCAACCCACUAACCAAUAGGGACGUUUUGGUGUCUUGUAUAGCAAUAAAUGGUUGGUGUAUCUUCACAGAAUGUUCGUUUUGAUGUAACAUGAAUGUUAAAUAUAUGAUUUAACAAAUUGCUUUCAUAAAAUUAUAUUUGUCUAAUUUAUAUCAAAUUAUGUAAAGUCCAAAUGAUCUCCCUGAAAAUAAAUACAUUGAGAAAACAACACCCCAGUUUAAACGCCACAUUAAGCGCUUUUCCACCAUCGCGCCAAAUUGUUCUCGUUGCUGAAUCGCUCCACUCCGUGCCGAUCCAUGCCAGCCUGUAUGUAAAUGGUUUCAUUUUCCACCGCAGGGCUGAUAACGCAAAUCUUUAGAAUGUAAACACAAACGCGUCACACACUGCCUUGGUAACAUAAGAGAAUGAGCUAUAACGUCUCUGCACACAUUCCGAACCAAGAACAGUUUGUAAUCAUGCCGUGUCGAACAAGGCCCACGUGGAAACAUAACUGUAACCGUUUCAGACCGUGUUUAGAACCAGUAGCGAUGUUAACCACCACGCAAAUGCGUAGGGCCCCGCUAGCUUGGGGGGCCCUAGUGGCCACAAGCGGUUAAAUCAUUUGAUGCUUUUGACGCCUGAUCUGCCUGCGUGCGCUGCACCGAAUAAGUCAAACGCACCUCAUAACAGAAAGGUCUGACUCGGUUGAAAAACCAAUCAAAACUUCUAAUUCAGCUAGGAGGUGGGUUACCUGCACUUUUACGCUCAGCCAGUUCAUUUACAGGAACAACAUUCUUUAUGUGAAGUCCUUCAAAUACAGUCGUGGAGGAGAUAAGUUUAGGCUUAAAUAGAGUAAACUGACACAGCGGAAUGUGACCAAAAAAGAAAAAAAAUGUUGAGUCCUGGUUCGCUUAGCGUUCAGACUGGCAUUUUAACAGCGAACCUAAAGAUAUCGAACCUAACAGCUUAUGUGUAAAGUCGCAAUGUGAUUGGACAGCUUUUAUGAUUUGUAUUUUAAAACGGAACUCGCCGGAUAUCCAAAACAAUGGUGUGUGCACAGUGCUGCAUGGGUUAUACAUGCUCAGAGUAUGCCUGCGCAUAUGAGGGUAUUUUUAGCAAGCCGGUAACUUGCGAAAACCUCAUGAAGUGUUAAAAGCAGUCAAAACGGCGCCAGGAAUUCCUCCGUUACAUGCGCAAGCACAGAUCUAAUAAACACUCCUUUUAUAUUACCAAAUCACAAGAUUUUUGGGUCGUAUAUUGUUAUCACUUCCUGUUUUUGGUUCGGUUCGAUGCCUUUGGUCCGUGAUGCGUUCAUAUUUCAAUCAAACCGCACCAGAGUUCGUUUGAAAGUGGACCAAGACCCGAGACCGAGACUGCUGAAAAGAUGGGUCUCGGUCCACUUGUUUGGUGCGCACCAGGGUUUGGUUGGCAGCCUUCACACUUACACAAAUAAACCGCACUAUCAGAGCAAUCGCUCCAGAGUUCAUUUUAAUCGACCCAAACAUGAACACACCCUUAGUUAGAUCCCAGCAUCCAUCUUAUAUGUUUUUAGGGGGGAAAAGAUAUUUGAUACACUUAAAUAUGUCUUAACAUUUUUUAUUCUUAAAUAUCUCCAGCAAUUCAAUUUUUAUAAGUGGAAUGUGAGUUCACCAUAGUCUAGAAAGCACGUAGCCUACUGUAAUCUUGAGGGUUCUUUACUAUUUAUUAAAUUAAUUCCAGUAAUAUUUACUUAUUAUUGAUAUCUCAAAUUUUAUUACAUUUUAAAGUUAUCAAUUUUUGGAGUAGUGGUGCAACCCCUGGCAUAUAAAC